UUGAGUCGGAGAAAAAUUGCGGGGAAAAGGGAGCUUGUUUGUCAAAGAAGAAUGGUAGAAAGUGUAAGCAGAGGGAGCUGAAGACAGGAGUAAUUGAAGUGAAUUAGGAUGAAGUAUCUGGAGGUGGUAGGUGCGGUAAAGUUAUCGGAGACCGAGGUAUGCACCGAGGAUCAGGAUGAAGAAGAGUCUGACAGUAGGAGUGAAGUUUAUGGAAAAAGUGGACUCUUGCCAUUCGGUUGACCCAUUUGCGGUUUCACGGUCAAAAAUGUUUGCUGUCCGAAGCAUUCGAUCUUUACAAUUUACAUUUUCACAACUUGGAGGCACACAACAAUGUCUCAGAAGUCUGUCAGGCUCGUCUAAUGUAGUCAAGAAGAACGAUGACAUGCCUUUACAGAUGGAGAAUCCAUACAAACAACCACAGAAGGGCUGCAUUCUCUGUAACAUCACAGUGGACUUCAAGAAUGUUCAGCUGCUGUCCCAGUUUGUAUCCCCACACACAGGAAGAGUUUACGGCAGGCACAUAACAGGUCUAUGUGGUAAGAAACAGAGGGAGAUCGGCAAAGCCAUAAAGAAAGCUCAUUCGAUGGGAUUCAUGUCUGUAACCCACAAGGACCCACAUUUUAUGAAAGAUCCAAAUAUCUGUGACAUCCGGCACUUGGAGUAACUGUCCGCCUGUAUUGUGGAGCUAGUCUAGCAUAGAUACUGUAAUUGUGUAUUAAAACAUUUUUCAAUGUGGAA